AUGCCCUCCAUCGACGAGGCUAUGGCGCGGAGCCUUCGAGGCAGCGCCUGGGAAAUAGUCAAGGACAAGUUCGUUAGAACUAUUACCUCCGAUCUUAUACGACGAGAUAUGAUCGCUGAUGCCGCCCAAACAACUGACGAAAUUUCUGCCACAUCUGAGACUUUCGCAAGUGCUUUCUCCAGCUGGGAUAAUUGUGGCCAUCAGACAAAGCACCUUGACGAUCCUUACGCUCCUCAGCCUCAGCACCAUGGAUAUCGAACCGAACCUCCUAUGAACCCCUCGGCACCUCAGUAUGGAGUUACUCAGCCUAUUCGUAACGAGCCACCUCAAUAUGCUGAAUUCGAAACGAGCAAGAAGGACGACGACGCUUUGCCUGCAAUGCCCAGCUGGGAGGGUGCCAAUAGCAAGAAGGUUGAGGUCCACACUGAAGCCGUCGAAUUGGACACGCUCUCCAAACCACCUCCUAGCCAACACAGCAUGAUGGGAACCCCAUACAGUCAACCCGGAGGCAACUCGAGUGGCUACCUAGGCCCUGGCCAAGCUCCUGAUGUGUAUUCACCACUCGACCAGCAAGGUUAUGGCUACCAGGCCCCCCCUCCUAACCAAGUCUACGGCGCUGCUGCCGUUGCUCCUAUGCCACACGAGCGUCGCUCUCCAGGUUUGAGCCAACCUGCCCAUGGGAAUCAAGGCUACGGCUACAACCAAGGAUUUGAACAAGCUCCAGCCUUUGGUCAGAUGCAAGGACACGGCAACACACCGAAUUACGGCGAAGGCGUCCCACCUCAGGACAUGGCAGCUACCUACGCUGGAUACCGAGCAAGCCCUUCGCCUCGCCCUGUCAGUUAUGCCAAACGAGUUUCCAUGCAUCAGGAUGAAUUUGGCUGUUACGGAAAUCUUCCUCCACGACGCUCUCCCGCCAUUGCUGACGAUUAUGGUUACGGCCAACCUGCCCGUCAUUCACCUGGUCCUCAAAACGACUUUGGCUAUGCUCAGCCAGCCCGUCACUCACCCGCUCCCCAGAACGACUUCGGCUACGCCCAACCGGCCCGUCAAUCACCUGGUCCUAUGAACAACUACCGACCACCACCACCUGAGGGCAACUAUGGCCCUCGCCCUGUGCCCCAACGACAACAGUUGCUGGAGUCUCAGUCACCGGUCAGUUACGAGCCUCAGCAGCCGUAUCCCGGUUUCAAGCCAUACCAGCCUUAG